AUGUUUUUGACUAGAAGCGAAUACGAUCGGGGUGUAAGUACAUUUUCUCCGGAGGGGAGACUUUUCCAGGUUGAGUAUUCUCUGGAGGCCAUCAAGUUAGGGUCCACAGCCAUUGGCGUAGCCACAUCCGAGGGUGUCGUCCUCGGGGUUGAGAAGAGAGUUACGUCACCGCUACUGGAAGGGGAUUCUAUUGAGAAAAUCGUGGAGAUUGAACGCCAUGUUGGAUGUGCUAUGAGUGGCUUAACGGCAGACGCUCGCUCCAUGAUUGAACAUGCCCGUGUUUCCGCUGUUACGCAUGACCUCUAUUACGAUGAGAAUAUUAGUAUCGAAUCUUUGACACAAUCCAUCUGUGACUUGGCGCUUAGGUUUGGUGAAGGGGCUUCGGGCGAAGAAAGGUUGAUGUCCAGACCAUUCGGUGUAGCUCUUCUAAUUGCAGGCUACGAUUCUGAGCAAGGCUACCAGCUAUUCCAUGCAGAACCCUCCGGAACAUUUUAUCGUUACAAUGCCAAAGCUAUAGGAUCAGGGUCAGAAGGUGCUCAAUCAGAGCUUCAAAACGAGUGGCACUCUUCUUUAACGUUGAAGGAAGCGGAACUGUUAGUUCUCAAAAUUUUAAAGCAGGUCAUGGAGGAAAAAUUGGACAAGGAUAAUGCGCAAUUAAGUUGUGUGACCAAAGAAAACGGAUUCCAAGUCUACAGUAACGAAAAAAUGGCUACAAUAAUCCAGGAGUUGAAAGAGAAAGAAGCACAAGAAAAUUCUGAAAGUCAAGAUGUAGAGAUGUCUACGUAG